UAUUCUUCUGCUGUUAGUUUUAAUUUGGAUAGCUUUUAAGAACAGUCAGGAAAGGACAUGAUUAACAUUCUCUGAGUUGGUUUUAAUAACGGUCCAUAAAUAAAAACAUGGCUGAAGGUGACCCUCCGACUUUGGUUGUGCUGCUGUUUAAUAGGCGAUACUCGAGUAUCCGUCAGCUGUGGGAGAAAUUUAGAAGAACCAGAAGUGUUGCUGACAUACACCGGAGGCCCAAACGCAGAGUAACAACUCGCCACCAAGAUAGAUAUAUGGUUCUUUCUCACCUACGCAACCGUUACACUCUGGCUACGUCAACGGCACGGCGGACCGUUGGCACGCACAACCGGGAAAUUUGCCCACAGACCGUCCGCAACCGGUUCCGGGCCGUCGGUAUUCGCGCCCGUCGACCACGGAAGGUUCCUGUCCUUAUUGCGGGGCACAGAGCAGCACGGCUAGCAUGGGCGAGACGGAAUCUACGGUUGACUGGGCUAAUGUCAUUUUUGUGGAUGAAAUAA